AUGCGUCUCUCCGUGUUAUCUUGUUCAUCAUCAUCACUCGUUCCACGGUUGAUACUUCUUUCAUCUCUUUUCGUUGUUGUUCAUAUCUUUCAUCACCUUCUUCAUACUCUUCAUCAUGACGAUGGACACUAUUCUUCCUUCACUCAUGUUCAAGGAGCCAUGACGGUUCAACUUCAAAGCAAUACCAACAAUUACACCAUUCCCAAAAGUUUUGCAAAUGCCAUCGAUGCAGCCAUGCAACAACUCACCACAGAUUCAGAAUUUAUUCAGGGCAUGACCGAUCUUGGAAUACUCUUUCCAACACCGAAUUGUGUCGUGUUGCCAGGCACUUCCACGAAUCAAGUUCCAAAAUUUCCAUCGACAUUGGUUCUUCCUCGAGGAUCGAGCACCUCCGCACCACCAUUCACAUCUCUGAUUUUAUGUUAUGAAGAAAAUGCUGUGUUAAAUUGGCCAAAAGUUCAUGAAUUGGCUGGAAGGAUCUUGAUGAGAAUUUUGAAUCAACAAUACAAGGUGACCAUUCCAUAUUCAUUUGCAAAAGUGAACACGACACAGUAUGGAUAUUUUGGAACCUUAAAGAAUUUGGUCGAUACUGGUGCGUGUGAUGUUGCCAUUGCUUCGACGAAUUUAGAUAGUGUUCGAUUGCCUCAAGUUCAUUUCAAUUGUCCUUAUGGUUCUUCUUCAUCAGGUUUUCUGAGAUCAGCACUCGAACCAAAUGUCUCGAUUGGAACUUCACAACAUAAUUAUGCCAUUGCUAAUUUCCCUCUUGCUCAAAUUACUGCAGUUCCAACAGGUCUCACUGAUUGUUUUCCUUAUAUUCUUCAAAAUAAGGUUCAUGUCAUGUUGGCUGAUGCCAUUGAUCUUCAGACAUGGUUGAAUAGUCACAAGAGUGAAUGUUCUUCUUGCGUUGCAAAGGCAUUUGGAGAUCCAUUCACCUAUGGAAGUUUCAUUACAAAUAAUAUUGCAAAUUCUGGAAUUAGGAAUUCCAUUAAUUAUAUUAUGAUGGUACUUGUGGUUGGCAUUUUGAUGUUCCAAUUGUGGAUGUAA